AUGAGUGAUACGAUUCUUGCGGCGCUGACUGCGUUGUCGAUUGCACCGGCAGCGUGUGUGACGCAUGCAAAAUCCAUUUCGCAAACUGCAUGGAUCGACUCGCUUGGCGCGCUGCCGAGCGGCGCCGUGCCGGAGCGCUACCGUCUCUUGAAGACGAUGGUGUUCAAGCCCAAGACGGCCAAGACGGAUACGCCGAUUCCUCUCUUGGUGAUCACGGACGACGCAACACAGACGAGCACGGGCGCAAUUGGUGCACAUAUGAAACUCAAGGAACUGCGUCUUGCUGCUCCGGAGCUGCUGCAAUCUACGCUCGGUGCGACCAAAGACGAUGGUACGUCGUGUGCCUCCACGCUGACUCCAGUUUCGCCCUUUUCCGUGACAAAAUCGAACGCGAGCAAUGUGCGCGUCUUGCUAGAUGCUGCAGUGGUGAGCAGCCAUGUGCUUUACGCCGUGCAUGCAAACUCGGCUUCUGAGACUUUGUUUGUGCCUGGCGCGGCGAUUGCGCGCUACCUAGAGGAUGCAGGCGCUCAAAUCGAGACGGUCGAUUUGAGCACCCUCGCUGCUGCGCCUGCAGCUGGGAAGCCGCCGGCAAAGCAGGCAGUGCCCAAGUCCAAAAGCGACGCCAAGAUUCCCGAGGCAGAACUGAUUGGUAUCACUGUGCGCAAAGACGGCGACUUUCCAGAAUGGUACCAGCAAGUUUUGCGUAAAGGCGACAUGCUUGACUACUAUGACGUGAGUGGGUGCUACAUUUUGAAGCCACUCAGCUUCUACGUCUGGGAAUGCAUCCAGCACUUUUUUGACACUGAAAUCAAGAAGAUCGGCGUGCAAAACUGCUACUUUCCACUGUUUGUCAGCUCCGACGUGCUCGAGAAGGAAAAGGACCACAUCGAGGGCUUUGCCCCGGAGGUGGCGUGGGUCACGCGCGCUGGAAAAUCUGAACUUGAGAAGCCCGUUGCGAUCCGUCCCACCUCAGAGACGGUCAUGUACCCCUACUACGCACGCUGGAUCCAGAGCCACCGCGAUCUGCCACUGAAGCUAAACCAGUGGAACAGUGUGGUGCGUUGGGAAUUCAAGCACCCCCAGCCGUUUUUGCGCACGCGCGAAUUCCUCUGGCAGGAGGGCCACACGGCGCAUCUCACCCGGGCCGCUGCGGACGAGGAGGUCCUCUACAUCCUCGAGCUCUACCGCCGCGUCUACGAAGAACUGCUUGCACUUCCCGUUGUUCCGGGCGUCAAGUCCGAGAAGGAAAAAUUUGCUGGUGGUCUGUACACGACCACGGUCGAGGGCUACGUUCCCACCACGGGGCGUGGCAUCCAGGGCGGUACCUCGCACAGCUUGGGCCAAAACUUCUCGCGUAUGUUUGACAUUGCCGUGCAGGAUCCCAAGGCAACCGACGAAACGCGCGGCACACCCCAAGGGCGUCUUUUUGUCUGGCAAAACUCCUGGGGCCUCUCCACACGCACGAUCGGUGUCAUGGUCAUGGUCCACGGCGACGACAAAGGCCUCGUGCUGCCGCCACGUGUGGCUAGUACACAGGUCGUGCUUGUUCCGUGUGGCCUGGGCGUCAAGAUCGCGCAAGAUGUCAAGGACGGGGUGAACGAGGCGUGUGCAGAUAUUGCCAAGCAGCUCAGCGACGUGGGCCUUCGCACACACGCCGAUCUGCGCGACAACUACAACCCAGGCUUCAAAUUCAACCACUGGGAGUUGCGCGGCGUGCCGCUGCGUCUCGAGAUUGGGCCCAAAGACUUGGCCAACAAGACCAUGGUCGCGGUGCGCCGCGAUACUGGCGAAAAGACAGAUCUCGAGAUGGACUCGCUCGAGCGCACUGUGCCUGCGCUUCUAGAUGCGAUCCACAAGGACAUGUAUCAGCGUGCGGACGCAGAGUUCCGUGCGCACCGCAAGGUCGUGACCAACUGGGACGAGUUUACCAAGACGCUCAACGCCAAGAACCACGUCAUUAUUCCGUGGUGCGAAGAGGAGGCAUGCGAGGACCAGAUCAAGGACCGCAGUGCAAGGACCGUAGCGGAGGACGAGGCUCAGGACGAGCGCGCACCGUCGAUGGGCGCCAAGUCGCUCUGCAUUCCGUUCGCCCAGCAUGAAUACCCGUCCAUCGAGGGCAAACAAUGCCCACAGUGUGGGAAGCAUGCGAAGCGGUGGACCAUGUUUGGCAGGAGCUAUUAA